AUGCAUGCAAGGCGUCACGCAUUUUUAUUGGCAGGUGGGAUACUUGUUGUGUUAAUUUUCUCGCUGUCAAAGUUCUUACAGACCAAUUUUAGUUUACCGAGUCUAACGUCUCGAUCAAAACCUAGCAAACAUAUCUUUAAUCCUGUGAGUUCUAUAAGCUGGGAUAAUUAUCUAAAUUUCACAAGAGAGCUUGAUUUUGGAAAUAGCACCGCCCUAUUUAACUCAAUUCGCGCAGCCUUAAGGCAGUCUGCGUCAGACAUUCAUCCUCUUGGAGUUUCUUAUUUUCCUGCAGUCAUUCCACGAGGGACUUUGAUGUAUCAUGCAGGAUCUAAGAUUCCCACGAGUUUCGAGUGGCUAGCAAUGGACCAUGAGUUUAGCUACAGUUUUGGCCUAAGGUUGCCAUCUUACGGUAGAAAAUCACUUCAGAAGCACCGAGAUGAUCCCGGACGUGGGCCUGGGAAGGGCAAAAUUCCUGGCGGGAAAAACAGUACACAUAAAAAUCCAGAUGGACCACCCAGGGGACCACCCAGGGGACCACCAGGUUUGGUGGGGUCGCAAAAAAUGCUCACCUACCGGGCCACACGAGACUUGAACAAGUUUCUCUACUUAGAUGGUGCGUCUGCUGCUAAGACAGAAACAGGUGAAAUGGACACUCAGGAGUUGCUUUCUAAUGUGAUAGGCCAAAAACUCAAUCUGUCAAGUGACGGCGAAGAUGGGGGCAUGCAAGAACGUACCUUUGCCGCUAGAAUUUGCGAGUGGGGAAAGCCUUUUGGUCUCGAUGGUAUCAUAAGAGUUGAAGUUGGAUUCGAGGUAGUCCUAUGCAACUUCUCCUCACCGGCAGUUGAGCUUGUUUCUGCCUUGGAGAUGGUCAAACCUAACGAACAUCUGGGGCUACCACCACCUACAAAUAUUUCAAAGGAGAACGGCUGGCCGUUGGACGACGACGGAAAUCUGGUCGAAGAUAAGUUAACUGAUGAUCAAAUGACUCUUCUGGACCAGGAGGACCUGUGGCAGCAAGUGUUAGAGAAUUUUUACAGCGUUAAAGGCUUCAACUGGUUGCGCGCAGGUGCCGUUCACGACAGUGGUGAACGUCGGAUUCAAUUGGACUACAGGCAUAUGGUGACUGGUAUAAACAGAACGAUUAUCAAUCCCGACCCAAAUAAUAGAAGGUUACUCAACGGUCAGAUAACUUGGGAUACUCAGUUGAAAAUCGUGGAGGACCUGGAGCAAGCAGUAAGUUUAGGCUUUGACGCGUCCAAAAGCACUGACUGGCAGAUUGCGUUUGAUGAAAUCGCCAGUAAAUUUGCUCCAAUGUUGAAGAUGCUCAGUGUAACCUUGAACGGAACUGAUACUUCCUCAGAAGACAUUGCCAUAAAAGCGACCGCGAUAACGUUGAAUUUCUGCUUAAGGUUUAAGCAAAAAGAAGGCAUCGUGAACCGAUAUGGAAGUGACAAAGAAUUUGCCGUUUACCAAUACGUGAAGCCCUUGAAAGAACUAGUCACCAAUUCAGACUAUUUAAUUUGGUCUGCCAGUGUGAAUGUGGCUAGAAAGAUUGUUGACACGAUUUAUAACGUGAAUGAGCUUUUACUGCCGAUUGUUCGUACUCACGUUGGAGAAAAAGGUGCAACUUCAGUUGAGGCCGCGGAAGCUAUCUCAAAAGCUCAACGGGAUAUAGAUGACCUGAUAGAAAAUUUAGGAUGGAUCGAAUUGCAUUAUCGCUGCGAACAAGCCUGUGGAUUGGAUGAAAUUUGCUAUACGCCAUCAUGGGGCCCAUCUCCCAUGGGUAUGACACAGCCCGGAACUACGAACGCGGGGGCUGGAACUCACUAUGAUGCUAAUCGCCAAAGACUAGUUAUCAAUAGUGAUUUGAAAUGUCUAAGUUUGAAUGACCUGAUGGGAAAUUCAAAUCGUUUCUGA